AUGGUUCUCCGAUUUCCGUCGUAUGAUACCAAUUCUGAAACCCUAGCCUCUUCCUCAGCAGCUCCAAUUUCAAAGGAGGAAGACAAUCUCUACCAAAGGCUGAUAUUGCAUGCACAUUCUACUGUCUCCAUUCUUCCAAUAAUUAAGCAGUGGGUUAGUGAAGGAAAGUCCGUUAAGUAUGAGGACCUCAAGAAAGCUAUCAAACAACUCAAGGCAUUACGGCGCUUCAAGCAUGCUCUCCAGAUUUAUGAAUGGAUUAACAACUCUGAGCGUCUUUAUCUAUCACCUGGAGAUGUUGCAGUUCGGCUGGAUCUGAUAUCAAAAGCUAACGGUCUGAAAGCAGCAGAGAAGUAUUUCGCUAGCACUCCAGAUAUUCUGAGAGCUUCUUGUGUGUAUGGUGCUCUUUUAAACUGCUAUGCCGAUGCAAAAUCAUGGAGUAAAGUGGAAGGAACAAUGCAAAAGAUGAGGGAUUUGCAGGAUGCUACUUUAGUGACUUAUACUAUUAUGAUGAACCUUUAUGCUAAAAUGGGAAACCUUGAGAAACUACACUUGUUAGUGCAAGAGAUGGAAUAUAAAGGAAUUGCAGGUGAUAGUAUCUCCUAUAAUAUCCGCUUAAAUGCAUAUGCAUCUGUUCCUGAUGUAAUAGGGAUGGAAAAGCUUUUGAUGAAGAUGGAAGAAGAUCCUCCGCUGAUUGAAUGGGAUGCUUAUGCAGUAGCUGCCAAGGGCUACAUGAAAGCUGGUGAUGUAGAAAAGGCUUCAGAGUUAGAUGAUAUUGAUGGCUCAGAGAAGAUAUUUGCUGAGUGGGAAGCGGAUAAAGUAAAUUUUGACAUUAGAAUUCCAAAUUUUCUCAUAUGCAUUUACUGCAAAAAGGGUCAUUUGGAAAAGGCUGAAUCUGUUAUUGAAAGACUCUUGGAGAGUGGGCUGAUGAGGAGAAACUAUAGGGCAUGGGAUGAUCUGGCACAGGGAUAUUGUUCACAAAAUCAGAUGGAGAAGGCAGUUGAGACAUUGAAGAGAGCAAUCUUGUUGAAUGGAGACUCUGAAAGAGCAGAAGAGAUUAAACGAUUGCUUGAGGAGCGAGGCGUCUUCUCAGCCGGAUGGUUUUGUUUAACUGAUUAUAUAAAACUGGAAAAAUACAAAUCUGAUGGUGGUUUUGGUAGCAGUCCAUGUUAUGUUUGUGUUUUUCUUUCUUCAGCCUAG